UCCCAUUUCCAAUAUUCUUAAAAUCCCACUCAAAGGAUAGUCUUAUUUUAAUCAAGGUCUCCCAACGAUUAUUAACGCGAAUAAAUAUACGCCAAGAUAUGUGCACUUUGAGUUGAUUGUUUUUCUCCUCAGAUCGGGACUUAUCUGCAUCGAAGUCCUUCGCAGCGCGGGUGGACGUGGUUUUGCCAGGGAAGAGUAAUUCAGUGCUAAUUUACAAGAUGAUUACAGAUCAGGACCUUGGCGCUUUUUCCAAUUUCUUAGGUGUUUUCAUUUUUGUUUUGGUGAUUGCAUACCACUAUGUAAUGGCAGAUCAAAAGUUUGAGACAACAUAAAGAGACAAUGUUACAGCAAGUAGCAGGCAGAGAAAUAAUGAUUUUAUUGGUCUUAAUUCUGAAACUUUCUAGUUGAAGGUUUACAAUUCUAGCAUGUAGUCAGACAUUAACACCAUAGAUCUAAAUGUUAAUACUUUUUUAAAUAAAGUAUCAUUUUUUAUUGCA